AUGUCUGACUUGGGAAGCGCGGCUGGUUCGAUUGGCCUCGCAGGCACAGGGCGUACACAAAAUGGCGCUUCACGUGCAGCCCAUGGCCCUGUCCCCGUUAACACACACCCCCCAAGUGGGGUCCGGACACCGACCGAUAUCAUGAGACAGCGCCGGGACCGAGAAGCUCGCAAAAAAGCGGAACAGGAAGCCAGAGAUAGGGAACAGGAAGAGGCCGAGCACAGACGGCAAGAGUCACAAGAAAGGACUCAGGAUCCAGCCCAGCCCUAUGCUGCUGGCGUUGCGGGUAAUCGACCUUCCCAGCGGAGAGCAGGGCCCAGUGCUCCCGCGGGGUCUGACAUUCAGCCGGAAUCGCGUACGACGCAGCAGCCUCCGGGAAUUCCAGCGGCGGCUCAACGACCAGAUUCCCAGGCGCACGGCCAGGCUCCGGUUCCACACGCCCACCCCAGACAACCCGGGCCCUCGGCACAGCACAAUCCUCAGCCGCCACCAACGGGCUCGACUGGCUUCCAAAAGCAACCAGCACAAGCUCCAAAUCAGCCUGGUACUUCCCAAGCGCAGCAGCCACCACGACGUGUCGGUUUUCCUCAUGCGUUUGAACGGUGGGAAACGUUAUCCUCCCAUUGGGAAGGCCUAACUGGCUACUGGAUUCGAAAGUUGGAGCAGAACAGUGAGGCUUUAGAACGCGACCCCAUUAGCCAACAGAUGGCCCGUCAGGUGACCGAUCUUUCCGCUGCUGGUGCCAACCUUUUUCACGCCGUUGUGGAAUUGCAGCGUCUGCGGGCAUCGUCCGAGCGAAAGUUCCAGCGGUGGUUCUUUGACACCCGUGCAGAGCAAGAGCGCGCCAAAGAACUCCAGGCCGAUUUGGAGCGACAAGUCAGGACUGAGAAACAAUCGCGGACAGAAGCAAUGGCCGCAUUGCAGAAGGCCGAAAGCGACAAGGGUCGCGUGGAGUCGCUGCUCAAGGAAAUGCGCCGAGAACUUCAAAUAUCCAAGGAAGAAGCCCGUCGUGCGUGGGAGGAACUUGGUCGCCGUGAGCAAGAGGAAAGGGAUCGAACGAACUCCCUCCGCAACGGAGAGCCCACCUUAGUUGGGGGAGUGCAGGUGGUGCCGAUGAUUCAGGGCCUCCCUUCUCGGUCAAGCACCGCGAACCAUCCAUCAGGUGGCCCAGGAAAGUCAUCCGAAGGUCAUUACUAUGAAGAGGCGCCCGGGUCACCUACCGAGACCGAUCCAUUCACGGAGGGGCAGCGUCCUUAUCAGGAAUCUGACAGCCAACGCUAUGCUCCCCGACCACCCAACACGUCAGCAGCUGCAGAAUCCUCAGGACAGUAUGCAGGAAAUUACUAUGAACACGAUGGCGAGUACACUGGCCGACCAACCUCUGAAAACGACAAUCGCUCCUAUGAUCCGAGCGCAGCUAGCAGUGAGCCUGGCGAUGAUGAAUAUGGCGGGUAUCGUCGUACUCAGCCUCAACAAGGGCCUUCCAUCGUUUACCCACGUCCUAUGUCCGAGGAAAGCGAUGACUAUGAGCGGGGAUCCAUGGAUGAUGAAGGGGGCUAUGUGCCUAGCACUUUGCCGCCGACAACCUCAGCACCUUUUAGCCAGGGCUCUGUAGAUUACAGUGGCUCUGGAUGGGGAAACACUUGGGACUCCGUGACCCCUCGUCAUCGCCAUCCGACCCGGCUCAGCGAUGUUAUGGAAGAGGAAGAACCUCGAACUACGCCUAGCCGUGCAAGCCGUGCCAGCCGUGCCAGCCAAGCCAGCAGAAGUGUACACUAG